UCAAUAUGUCAAGUGUGUUGUCAAAUGCUACCAAGGUGGAAAUACAGCCAUGUGUUUUAUAGAAAAAUUAACAGAUUGUUAAUAAUAAAUUAUUUUACAAAGAGAGUUUAUUAUAUACAUAUGAAAGUAUACUAUAAUUAUACACUUUUCUGCAAUACAGUUGUAAAUAUUACUAGUCCAAGAUGGGAAAAUCCAAGAAAGGCCGUAAGGGAAAAGACGAUAGCGAAUCUGAUAAUGAAGCUACAACCCAAGAACUAAUCGAUAAAGCCAACAAGAAAAACAAAUCCAAGUAUGAAAAUUAGCUUCAUUUUUAUUACAUCACAUAGAAAUAUUUACACCAUUUUAGGAAGAAUUCUAUCGAUAAUGAAGUCACCGAAGAAGAGAAGAAAAAGCUGCAAACUAAACCUGCCAAAACCAAGAAAGCGGAAGCGAAAGGCGACGAUUCUGAUGCCUCAGAUGUUGAAAUGGCGGUGUCCAAAGUAAAGAAGUCAUUUGCGCUCUUGCAAAUGGAUGAUAACGAAGAUGAACCUGAGCCUGCUCCCCAACAGGAUGAUGAUGAUAGUGAGACUGAAUCAAAACCAUCCAAAGUGAAUAGCAAAAAGAAAACUAGUGAUGAUCGGACUAAGGAACAAGGAGGAAAGAAGGGUAAAAAGGGUCGUAGGAAACGUGAUGAUAGUGAUGAAGAUAUAGAAAAGGUCUUAGCUGAACUGGAACUGGAAUAUUCUGGUGGGAAGAAGGAUGAAAUGCCACAGCCCAUAGAUGAGUCUAAACAGGAGGAAGAAAAAGAGAAAAAGAAAAAAAAGAAAGCAAAACAGAAAGAAGCUAAAGAGGAAGAGGCAAUUGAAGAACUGACUAAAUUAGAAGAAGAAGGAACUGGUGAAGAGGGUGGUACUGUCAAAACGACGGCGCAAAAGAAGAAAGACAAAAAAGAAAAAGAGAAACAAAAGAAACUGGCAAGUAAAAGGCCAGAAACUGUCAAACAAGGCAGUGUAGAAGACACAACAACAGAACAGAAUGAAAAAGAAGAAAACACAGAAGAAGGAGAUGCUGGUGAAGAUGAUAAGAAAAGCAAAAAGAAGAAAAAGAAAGGCAAAGAUGAAGAGGAAAAAGAUGCUAAGGAUGCCAAAAAAGGCCCUGGUAAAAAGACUAUUGCGGCUAUGCAAGAAGCUCUUAAGAAAAUGAAGGAAGAAGAGGAAAGGCUCAAAAAAGAAGAAGAGGAGCGAAUUAGACGUGAAGAGGAGGCAGAAACAGCAAGGCUGGAGGCACUCAGGCAGGAGCAGGAGCGCAAAGAGAGGAAAAAACAAAAGGAAAAGGAAAGAAAGGAGAGACUUAAAGCUGAAGGCAAAUUGUUGACAGCCAAACAAAAAGCUGACAGAGCAAGAGCACAAGCAUUGAUUGACAGUUUGAAAGCUCAAGGUGUAGAACUUCCAGAUGUAGGCGAGAAAAAGCCAAGACUUGGCACCAGGAUACGGCCUAAGAAGCAGAAGGAACAGGCUGAAGGUAAUAAAGAAGAGGAACAACAUCAAGAGGAGAAAAAAGAGGAACAACCACCUGUUGAUGUAGAAAUUCUAGAGCCAGCAGAAGCCAAAAAAGAAGAACCAGCUGAGACAGAAGACGUUAAGGAUGCAUGGGAUGCUUCCUCGAGUGAAGAUGAAGAAUCUGAAGAGACACCUGCUAAAGAUGAGGGUAAACAAGAAACUAAGACCACUUCACAGCUAAAGGGAUCUAAAGAGAAAGUGGAAAAAGACGAUGAUGAAGAAGAGAGUAGUACAGAGGAAAGUGAUGAUGAAAGUGAAUCUGAAUCAGAAUCUGAUGAAGAGGAUGACGAAUCAAUGACCCAGGCACAGAAGUCUAGGGAGAGAGCAUUACAAAGGAUUAAGAAUAGAAAAGAGGAAGCCGAGAAGAACAGAGAUCCUGAACACCUUAGAGCAGCCAUAGUGUGUGUAUUAGGUCAUGUAGAUACAGGAAAAACUAAAAUCUUGGACAAACUUAGAAGAACUAAUGUCCAAGAUGGAGAAGCAGGUGGUAUUACUCAACAAAUUGGUGCCACGAAUGUACCUAUAGACGCAAUUAGGGAACAGACGAAAAUAGUGAAAGGGAUGGCUGAUAUGGAAAUGAAGAUUCCAGGCCUGCUUAUCAUCGAUACCCCCGGUCACGAGUCGUUCAGUAACCUGAGGAAUCGAGGUAGCAGCCUUUGUGAUAUUGCCAUUUUGGUUGUUGAUAUUAUGCACGGCUUGGAGCCGCAAACUAUCGAGUCGAUCAACCUUUUGAAAAACAAGAAGACACCCUUUGUGGUAGCUCUGAAUAAGAUAGACAGGCUAUACGAUUGGCAGACCAUGAAUAGAAAGGACGUGAGGGAUAUCAUUAAGGGGCAGGCUCCUAAUACUCAACUGGAGUUUGAGCAGAGGACCAAGGAGGUGAUAGUGCAAUUUGCUGAGCAGGGACUUAAUGCGGCCUUGUUCCACGAGAACCCGGACGUACGAAGCUAUGUAUCCCUGGUACCCACCAGCGCCAUCACUGGUGAGGGCAUGGGCAACCUGCUAGCUCUAAUAGUCGAUUUCUGUCAAACGAAGCUGACGAAGCGGUUGAUGUAUUCUGACGAGCUUCAGGCUACCGUGCUGGAAGUGAAAGCGAUCCCUGGCCUGGGAACCACCAUUGACGUCAUCCUGGUCAACGGUACUCUAAGGGAGGGCGACACUAUGCUAUGCGCGGGCACGGAUGGACCCAUCGUUACGCAGAUCAGGUCACUCUUGAUGCCGCAGCCAAUGAGAGAGCUGAGAGUCAAGAACGCAUAUAUCGAAUACAAAGAAAUAAAAGCAGCCCAGGGUGUGAAGAUAGCCGCGAAAGACCUAGAAAAAGCGAUAGCGGGCCUUAAUCUCUACGUUGCGCAUAAGCCGGACGAAGUGGAUGUACUGAAGGAAGAAGUAGCUAAAGAACUGAGGUCUGCGCUUAGCAACAUCCGGUUGGCUGAAAGAGGUGUGUACGUCCAAGCGUCCACCCUUGGGUCGCUAGAGGCGUUGUUGGAGUUCCUUAGGACUAGUAAAAUACCGUACUGUGGAAUUAGGAUAGGACCUGUAGUCAAAAAGGAUGUAAUGAAGGCAUCUAUAAUGUUGGAGCAUGAACCUCAAUACGCAACGAUCCUGGCGUUCGACGUGAAAGUAGAAAAAGAUGCCCAGGAGUUGGCCGAUAGUCUCGGCGUGAAGAUCUUCCAAGCUGAUAUCAUCUACCAUCUGUUCGACAAGUUCAUGGCAUACAGAGACGAGUUGCGCCAGAGGAAACGAGAGGAGUUCAAGCACGUAGCCGUUUUUCCUUGCAAGCUGCGCGUAUUGCCCCAGUUCGUUUUUAACUCCAGGGAUCCGAUCGUGAUGGGAGUCAUGGUGGAGGCUGGGAUCGUCAAAGAGGGAACGCCGAUUUGUGUUCCUAGCAAAGAGUUUGUUGACCUGGGCAUCGUGACCAGUAUAGAGAACAACCACAAGUCCGUAGAGAGUGCUAGGAAAGGAAUGGAGGUGUGCAUUAAAAUAGAACCGAUCCCGGGUGAAUCCCCUAAAAUGUUCGGCAGGCAUUUCGAUGAGAAGGAUAUGCUGAUCAGCAAGAUAUCUCGCCAGUCUAUCGACGCCUGCAAAGACUAUUUCAGAGACGAUCUGCAGAAGACAGACUGGCAACUCAUGGUAGAACUGAAAAAACUCUUCCAAAUCCUCUAGCUGAAAGUGUGCCAGUCACUUACUUUUUUAUCCGAUCAGUUUGUGUCAAGCAGUCCUUAUCAAUUUCGUGUGUUCUAAAAAUGAUAUUGCGUUAUUGGAAGAGAGAUUGAACUUUUGAUAUUUGAGUCGGUGUCGUUAGGAUAGUAGACACAUAUUCCAUCACAAUCAAGAGAUCAUCAAUAAUAUUCUGCAUGACGGAACUUGAUAUGGAUUUUUCUUUUAAAUAUAAUGGGUAUGUCAAAAUUUCUGAAACCAGAAAAAAUAUGAGUCUAUAUGAGGGAUCAGGGUCACUAAUUUCGACAACUUGGCACGAAUUGAUUAACCAAGGUUUAUUUCACUUUUCUUUGAUUCACAGUAUUUAAUGUUCUGUACUGUUUCCUUCACCAUCUUGGUUUACUUUAAUUCGUUGAUUUUUUAUAAUCUACAACCAUAUACAAUUUUUUAAUAAACAUAUUUUGAUAUUCUCAAUGAGUAAUUGUAAACCAGUUAUUUAGUUAAUGUUUCGAUUUGCGAAGGUUGAUUUAAUAAACUUUGAGGAUGUACGUACAUAUAUUUGUAUACACUUAACUGAAUAAAUUAUUUUAAUUCGCUA